CUCUGAAGCCGCUGCACUUCCUGUCGCUGGUUGCGCGAGGCGGCUCAGGCGGGCGCGUGGAGGGAUGUAAAGAUGGCGGAGCUUCAGAUGCUGCUGGAGGAGGAAGUCCCAGCGGGUCGCAGAGCGUUACUGGACAGCUCCACCAACCUCCAAAGAGUCGCCGAAUACUGCGAAAGUAACUACGUACAGUCUCCAGACAAGCACGCCGCUCUAGAGGAAACCAAGAACUACACCACUCAGUCACUGGCCAGUGUGGCCUACCUGAUCAACACACUCGCCAACAAUGUGCUCCAAAUGCUCGACAUCCAGGCCUCCCAGCUGCGCCGAAUGGAGUCCUCCAUCAACCACAUCUCUCAGACGGUGGACAUCCACAAAGAAAAAGUGGCGAGGCGGGAGAUCGGCAUCCUCACAACCAAUAAGAACACCUCCCGCACGCAUAAAAUCAUUGCUCCAGCCAAUCCCGAGAGGCCGGUGCGGUACAUUCGCAAACCUAUCGAUUACAGCACGCUGGACGAUAUCGGUCACGGUGUGAAGUGGUUGCUUAGGUUCAAGGUCAACACCCAGAACAUGAAGAUGGGCGGCCUUCUUCGCACCACACCUCCCACACAGAAACCACCAAGCCCCCCAAUGCCAGGCAAAGGCACCAUAGGGAGACACUCCCCCUACAGAACGCUUGAGCCAGUGCGGCCUCCGGUGGUGCCAAAUGACUAUGUCCCCAGCCCCACACGCAAUAUGGCGCCCAUUCUGCAGCAAAGUCCUGUGCGCACGGCGUCUGUUAAUCAGAGGAACCGCACUUACAGCAGCGGGAGCAGUGGCGGAGAGAAAAAUUUAAGGGGGUGGAUCAGUCUGCAGUCAGUGUUUUCUCCAUCUCAUGGCUGUGUUGUUCAUGCAGGUGGUCCUCAGUUCUACAGCAUGAACAGGCCCGUCCCCAGGCAGAUCGCGCCCACAGAGGGGGGUUCGCUGCCGUAUCGCCGGCUGCCCUCAAUCUCGGGUCAGACUUCCAUGCCCCCCAGCCAGCAGAACGGAGGGCCCUAUUACAAUCAGGACCAAGCCUCAGUGGCCCCCCCUCCCCCCAAUGUACUGCAGAUCACACCCCAGCUUCCACUGACGGGUUUUGUGGCUCGCGUACAGGAAACCAUUUCAGAUGUGCCUCCCCCACCUCCCCCUUCGGAAGAGCAGGUGUUUGAGGAAACACAAAACCCAGUUCCACCUCCAGAAGACUAUGAGGAAGAGGAGUCUUCUGUGGUGGAAUACGCUGACCCUUACUCUGAAGAAGACCCACCCUGGGCUCCACAAACAUACUUGGAGAAAGUGGUGGCAAUUUACGACUACACGCAGGACAAGGAAGAUGAAUUGUCUUUCCAGGAGGGGGCCAUCAUCUAUGUCAUUAAAAAGAAUGAUGAUGGCUGGUUUGAAGGUGUGAUGAGCGGCACUACAGGACUCUUCCCUGGAAACUACGUGGAGUCCAUCAUGCACUACACGGAGUGAGAGUGUCCUCAGUCUCUCCCCCAACCCUCGACGCCCACCAGCGCUAAUCUUACACUGCAGAACAGUGCAUGUGUGCAUACAAACCAUGCUAAUAACAGGCCGUGAGACUUCAGAGAUGAGAGGUGCAACAGAAAAGAGGAAGCGAUGUGAAGCUGAACAUUCAGAUGUUGCAGACCAGACUUUUGCACCAAGGACUGAGGAAACACUUGGAGAAAUAAAAUUAUAUGAAUAAAAGCCAAUAUGUUUACGGUUGAAUGAAGGAUACAGAGUUUGAAGUUCAGGAUAUGCAUAAGCUAGAUUUAGUGUGGGUACAUUUUUAUUUUUCCAUAUUUCAUAACCUUUGCUCAUUCCACAGCAUUGCAGUGUUUUGGAAGGCAGCAUGGGGGCUGACUGAUGUCUCUGAAAUGGAUUGUUUUUUGAACGGCCUGAGGUGGGUUCAGGGUGUGCUUUACUGUGAGGUCACGCUCAAAAAGGGAGUUCAUUACAUUCAUGUUGUGUUUUAAGGAACAAGGAAAGUGUGGAACUGAACAGAAAGAGUGAAUAUAGAGAAGUAGCUUUCUAUUUAUUACAUGUUGUGACAGCUUAAGGUUUUUUAAUUUGUCUCUGAAAAGUGUUUUGAUUGUUUAAGUUAUUGAUUGAUUUAUUCUCUCCCAUCUAAUUAAAAUCAGUUUGAGCCAGAUUGAUGAUGAUAUAGGAAAUAUUUGCACAAAGGUUUUAUUUUUUUUUUACUUAAUCAUUAAAUAUAUUUAAUGUUUAUUCACCCCCC